CGCAGACACACAUCAACCUGGUAGUACUGGAGGAGUGGGACGCGCGAGCCAUUGGGUGGAGCAGCAGCGUCGCGUGCUGCGGAAUACACUGAGUAGGUCGUUAAAGCUGCGCGCGGUGCGGUUGCAGAUGCAGGUCGCAGAGUGUGAGCGCGAGGCGGGGGGAAAUGGCGAACGGGCGCGGGAGGCGGCGGUGCGCCUUGUGAGGAUACAGUAGACAACCAGGAGCGCAGGAGGAGAAGGAGGCAGCUCGACCUCGCAGACGGGAGGUGAAGGAGGGAGAACCAUGGAGGACUCGGAGCCCGCAGAGGACGGCUUGCUCGCGGGCUUGCGAUGGAACCGGAGCGCACGAGACCAGGCUCAGCUCAAACACAAAAUCCGGGACCUGCCGGGGCUCCUGAAGCACGGGCUGCACCUGCGGAAGAAGAGCCAAUCACCUGACACAAUCCCCGGACCGAGCACUGGACCUGCAGUACACAAGUCUUGCUCCCAGAGUUUUCCAUGUGCCGGUCGGGCUGUGAGGAAUGCCUUCCUCUCUCACGGGCCAUAUCCAGCUAAAGACAAGAUACACCUGGCCAGAAUCAUACGGCGAAGCUAUGUGGGAGUGGAGCUGGUGCAGUGGCUGUGUGAACAGUGUGUGUACGUGCGCUGUCGGACUACUGCUGUGCGUGUCUGGCAGGUGCUGCUGGAGCUGGGAGUCCUGCUGUCGGUGGACCAGCGGGUUGUGUUUUCCGACUCCAACUCUUAUUACCAGUUUAGCUUUGAGGAGUGUGACUCUGCCUCCUGUGAGUUUCGCUCAAAUGAAGGGGAGUGGCCAGAGGCUGUGAAGCUUCUCGUACAACUUGCCCCAUAUGUCCAGUUUCGCUCUGGAGGUGGGGCCAACAGCCCGUCAGAGGAAGACUCUGAAGGCAACAGGGACAUCUGCAGUGAGAUUCUUCAGAUGAAAGCUCUUGAGAGACUCACUUCUACGGUACAAAGUGAGCUGGCGGCUGCUCUCGCCCGGAAGACUCGCAAAGCUUUAUCAGAGCAGGACUCUGAGACCACAGAGACGAGCCAUCAGGAGCCUUCUACGCCCAGCGAGGAGAGCAGUCCGCUGGGCGGGGUGUGUGCAUUGCGGGACGGCGGUGGCAGCGGCGGCGGAGGGAUGGGGAGCGUGUGCGGCCGUGAGGAGCUAACCAGCCGGCUGGGCCUGGAAGCCGUUCAGAGGCUCGCCAAGGAUGGCUGUCGGCUGCUGCAGAACCACAACUAUCGUCUACCUGACAGGAACCAAGCGGAGGCAGUGGGGAGGGUUUGUCUGAAGGAGAGAGGACGAGACGUAUUGGUGUUGCAGAGAGUGACAUCAUCAGUGACGUCGCCGUCGGACCGGCCCUCACCCACCUCGUCGGGGGGCGGGUCCAGAGAGGAGGAUUGCGACAAGAGGUACGUGGUGGUGUCGGGAACGCCGCUUAAGAUCUUGGAGCACCUGCUGAGUGACCUGCGACUGGAUGACCAAAGAGGGGCACCAGAGAACAGAGAGAGCGAAAUGCUGCUGGAUGACUUCUUGCUGACGUACCUGGUGUUCAUGUCCACUCAUGACCUUUGCCAGGCUCUGCUGGGACACUAUAGCAGCGUCCGCUGCAGGGGCCAGGAGGAGGGCAAAGACGCCCUCUUCAGGAAGCGUAAAGUACUGCAGCUGGUGUCCCACUGGAGCAGGCUAUACAAGGACUUCCUCAAGGAAGAGGAGCACGUUAGGAGCUUCAUGAAGACGCUGUACAGGUGUGUUUUAGAAGAUCUGUAUGAAUUUCCCACACUGGAAAAAGACCUGAAGGAGUUUCAGAAACUACUGCGUCGCAGGCACACAGUGGAUGACUGCCCUCCAAACCAAAAGAGCAAACAAAUGUAUCAGCAGCUGAGUUUGAAGGAAAACUGUUUACAACUCCGCAGUCCACAGAACGAGAUGAGAGAGGUUAUUUGUUGCCUGUACGUGAGUGCCGACUCCUACCUAAGUGUGCACACGCACCUUUCACUGGAGGCCCACGAGCUUCUGCGAAUUGUGGGUCUGAAGAUGGACAGAGCAGAAGACGACAUGGUGCUCGCUGUGGUGUCGAACACUGGAGAGCGAAGAGUGUUACAGCCCAGUGACUGUGUAUAUUCAGAGUCUCUGACCCCACAAGGAAAGCUCGUGGCCUGUCGCAGGGAUCUCACUGAGAUCUUGCCUCCUUUAACAGACAGUGCUGAGCUAAGCAGAAGGCCGGUUCGACUUUUAGGCAUCAACACCUGGGAUGUUGCAGCUGCUCUCACACACCUGGACUGGAGCCUCUUUAAAUCCAUCCACGAGCAGGAGCUGGUGUACUACACCCUGAGCCGUGCUCCUGGCACCGGCCACACAGCAGCCCUCUCAGUCCUGCUCCAGCGUUGUAACGAGGUCCAGCAGUGGGUCAUGUCCGAGGUGCUCAUGUGUGUAUCGCUUAACAAGAGAGUGCAGCUGCUCAAGAAGUUCAUCAAGAUCGCAGCUCACUGUAAAGCCCAAAGAAAUCUGAAUUCUGCAUUUGCCAUCAUCAUGGGUCUUAACACAGCUGCUGUCAGCCGUCUCAACCAAACUUGGGAGAAAUGUCCAGGGAAGUUCAAGAAGCUUUUCUCAGAGUUGGAGCUCAUCACGGAUCCAUCUCUGAACCACAAAGCCUAUAGAGAAGCCUUCAAGAGGAUGAAACCUCCUAAGAUCCCUUUCAUGCCUCUUCUCCUGAAAGAUAUCACUUUUAUCCAUGAGGGAAAUAAGACUUUCCAUGACAACCUGGUCAACUUUGAGAAGCUGCAUAUGAUCGCAGACACAGUGAGAAUGAUUCGUCACUGUCAAAGCGACCAACCAGGCAACGAGGUAAUUGGGGUCGACAGUGCCGAGGUGAGGGCAAGCGUUCACUACCUGCACAUCAUCGACAAUCAGCAGACACUUUUUGAACUGUCACACAAACUGGAGCCACGCGCCUAAACACAAAAAUACACUCAGAAGCAAAGACACAAAAACACACUGGAUGCAGCGCCGUGGAAAUGAGGUCACUGUGUGACACGGAAGACGCUUUGUACAGCAAAAUGUCAAGCAGCAGUGAUGCCAAAUGGACGAUGAGGUGUGCUUUGAUUAAACCCAUGAAGGCACGACUGUUCUCUAAAGGCUCACUUGCACUGAACAUGUGCUUCUAAAGGAUUUAUAUGCUCGCCCUGUGAACUUUCUACAGGAACUGAAUCUGUGCAGCAAGACGGAGAAUUGCCAAAUGGAAACAGACAGUAGAGGAGGCUGUAAUUAGUUUGUACAGUAUCUAUUGGACUGAGUAAGCUCUUGUUUUGUUUUUGUGAUUUGGUUAUUUAUGAGCCUGUUCAGCAGGUGGAAUGUUCCUUUAUUUCUGUCAAAGUCUCGUCUCACCUCCUGAAGGUCAACAAGGACUUGAUAGCCUCCUCAUCAUUUCAGUUACAAACACUAAAACAUCUGUAGAGAAACUGGAUUUGUUUAUAACCUUUUGGGAAAAAUCCACAUCAUGGAUGAUCUGAUGUGAUUUCAUCUACACAGUAUAUAUUUGCCCAGUGAUACAUGUAUAUCUGGGAUACAUGCUAUAGUUAUUUAUGUGUAUGAUGCUGAGCUACUUUUGGAUAUUGUGUAAGCUAGCACUUCACAUACUGUUUUACCUUUUCUCACACAGACUUUUUCUUUCAGCUGAAACUAUACAGCCACAGUGUGUCCAAUAUUAACAGUGUUUUGUACCUAGCAUGUGAAGGAAGCAUUGUGAGCGGGUUUCACUGACUGACCGUGACAUUUGAAACGCUAAAGCUCUCCUGAACAUGUUGGAGUUUGAUAAAUAAUGACCAGUUAUUGGUUUUUCUUUUCAUUUUAAAGUCCUGGUUGACUUUUAGCCUGACACUUGUCAUGCACUCCUCUCUAUGAUGUUUUUGUGUGAAUAGAUACUGAUAAUUUUACACUGUAUAUGAUAUGGACCUAUACAUUUUUCAGUGCCAAAUGUCACGUCGAGUCUUGCAGCACAGAUGUACUGUUGAGCUUUUAGUUUGUUUAGGAAUCGGUGUCUUUUUGUCACAGAGUUUGAUUUCCUAGAACAAGCAGUGGUAUGACGUCUAGUCCUUGAUCAUGUAAAGCUGAUCUGACUCCUCACAGACGUGAGAUAUUAUGAUGACUGAGUUCAGACUGUGUAAUUGUAUCCCAUGUCGGGUUGCUAUGGAAACACAGCCCCACUUAUGAUAGAGUUAUUUUUCUUUUUUCUGUUUUUUUAGUUUUUUAGUCCUUGAGAUUUCGAAAUACUGCACCACAGAAGUUGAAAUAACAGCUUUAUUUCAUGGAGUUAUACUCAUGAGGAGACUUGGAUGUGGAUGAUUGAUUCUUACUGAGUGAAAAUAUCAUUCAGAGGUGGUCUUGUGGAUACUAUCUGUAAGAUCCAGCACAGACUAAUGGAAGCACAAGGACGCAGACUUCCUGCAGAAUAAUAAUAAUAACUUUUCUUACUAGGAAUUCAAUCCAGAAAUUAUUAAUCGCUUUAACUAUGGUUCUCUUCAAAGAAAUCCUUUCUGAAUCCAAUAAUUUCUCGGAUUGCGGCAACAUGUUCUUGUUGACACAGCCAUAAGAUGCCGAAGCAUCUAUUUGUUAUUCAGAUUACUGAGGGACACCAGAAAAUUAACAGUGUGGCUCAUUCUGUCAUCACAGGACAGACAUGCAGCCUGGCAUGAAGGGGAUUAAUCAGGAAUUAUCAAAGUGAUUAUGAUGAAUACAAAUUAAGGCAGAAACCAGGCUUGGCAAACCUUACUGGUGUUUUUUUAGUUUGGCCUCUCUCCGUUCAUUCCUAGCCGAUCACUUCAGGUGUACAUUCCUGUUAUCCAGCAGUGAUAUUCCUAAAUGUUACAUAGUAAUGCAUGUGUUCCAUUGCCUGGAUGGCUACAAAGCAUCCAUCAUUCAUUAUUCCAAUGCUUUGCCUUUCAAAGCAGAGCAGAUCACAACCAAUUAAAUGGAUGAGGGAUGACAUAAAUUUCCCAAAUUGUUGUAGUGCCAAAAGCAGUUUUGGUUCACUGAAAGAAAAAAAUUGAAAGAUGGCAAAGUGAUGAGUCACUUGAAACAUCAUUCUUGUGUUAUGAGCAGCUUCUAACUGAAUAAAACUACUAGAACUACUCACCUAAACUUUCUACAGAUGCUUUGUCCCCGAAACAUACUAAUUCAAAUUGAGAUCUUAUUUGAGCCAUUUACAUAUUAUGUGGAUGUAAAAUCUAAACAUGACUGUUAAGCAUUUGGCUGAAAGUCUACAAUAUAUUACUGUAACAAUAGCACAAGUGGCACCUAAAGUUUGCUGACAUUAGUCAUCGUUCACUGCUGGUCACACCAAGUGAUGCUGUAGCAGCAGCUUCUGAGUGAAUUAAGGAACACUGUUUUGUUGCUUUUACAAAGGAAUUCUGUUAUUUCUUCUCUUCAAAACUCCAUUUGAAGGAUGCUUUCUGUGAAACCAAGUCAGCGAUUCUUUAACUGCUACAGCUGAUGAUCUGUUCAUAUUCAGUGUCAUAUGAAGGCCUUGUGGUCGUCAUUUUUUCUAUCAACCUGUACAUGAUGCUCACACACACCUCUGCUUGUUGUGUUCAAAGGGGGGAAUAAUUGUUAUAUUAGUUAUUUAUUGUAAUAUAUUGUUUAUUUAAGACAAUAAAUGUUUUGGUUUCUGUGCCAUGUGCAGAGAUUCAACAAGUGGAAGUGCACACAUGAGAAGGAAGGAUGUUUUGUGGUUUGAAGCUGCAACACUGGAAUGGAAAAGUACUUGUGUUUUGUGGCCACUUGAGGGCAGCAUGAGAGCAGCUCAGUGUGACGACUCAAAUCUUUCUGCUGCUGUCAGAGGCGGUAAUUGAGAGGAAAACAACAGGAGGCUGUAUUCAGCGUUCAAGCAGACAUUUGUCAUGAGUGUGUAAAGUUAAGUUUUUUUUCAAGCAAUGUUGUUUAAAACCUGUUUGCAUGAUGAAACAAAAGAAAAAAAAGCAAAAUUCACAAUGCAAGAGAGGACAUGUUGAAGGCUUUGUACUAUUGUAAUAUUGUUGAUGUGUAAAUAUAUGCCUAUGUUUGGUAUGUUGUUAUUAUUUAUCUGUUGUAAAUUGGAUAAAAAAAAACAUCAACCACAAAGCAAUACGUCUCCCUUCGUGUCCCCUCACCCUGCAGACAGCUGAAGUCACACGUCUUUUCUAAAGCUGUGUUUUACUAUGUCAAAAUUUUACUGAAAAAUGAAUAAAUUAUAGGUUUUAUGUGA